UCCGGAAUCCAGUUCGGGAAGUGCGCGCUCCCGCUGCUGAUGACGGCUAAGCUAGCUAGCUAACCGGAGACAUAACCGUCAUCUGCUCCUCUUGUCACCGUUAAUGUCGUCCUUCACUCUGGCGGAGCGUUUUAUUCACCUGCACACACACAUUUUAUAACACAGUUUAUAUCGGUGAUAUAUCUACGAUCAGGUUGGUUUGAUCCGCGGACUGGCCCCCAGUCUGAGCUAAGCUAACUGUUAGCCUCACAGCCAAAAUGGCGGACAACGAGGAUGACGGCGGUUCGACCAGAACAAUAACAGCCGCGGAGCCGCCCGGGGAUCAGAGCCCGAGUCCCGGGGAGAGUUCACAACCAACGGCCGUCGUGCGGAGCACUGAUGCCAGAGAGAGUUUAACUCCAGCGGCCGCAGAGCAGAGCAGUCAACCCGCGGAGAGUUCCCCGGCAGCGGCCGUAGAGCAGAGCCCCCAGCCCGCGGAGAGUUCCCCGGCAGCGGCCGUGUUGCAGAGCCCCCAUCCCGCGGAGAGUUCCCCGGCAGCGGCCGUAGAGCAGAGCCCCCAUCCCGCGGAGAGUUCCCCGGCAGCGGCCGUAGAGCAGAGCCCCCAGCCCGCGGAGAGUUCCCCGGCAGCGGCCGUAGAGCAGAGCCCCCAGCCCGCGGAGAGUUCCCCGGCAGCGGCCGUAGAGCAGAGCCCCCAGCCCGCGGAGAGUUCCCCGGCAGCGGCCGUGUUGCAGAGCCCCCAUCCCGAGGAGAGUUCCCCGGCAGCGGCCGAAGAGCAGAGUCCACAGCCCGCGGAGAGUUCCGUGAUGGAGAGUUCACCGGCCGGGUCCCUGUCGUUGAGCUACCAGGGGGAACAGACCCUCCUGCUGGGCCCAGAGUUCUCCAGCCUGGGCCCGGACCUGGGGAACACCACCAUCCUGUACGUGCAGCCGGACGGCAGCCUGGUGGAGGGCUCCGGGCUGACGGCCGAGGAGCAGCAGGCUCUGCUGGAGCAGCUCACCCGCCAGCAGAUCGUCCAGGUCUCCGACACCGAGGCCGCGCAGCUGCUGCAGCAGAGCCAGCUCAUCAGAACCAUCCCGGUCCAGAACACGGCCCUGGACCCGAGCCAGCUGCAGCAGGUCAUUAACCAGGUCACCAAGUCCCAGCAGCAGACCCAGGUCCAUGUGCAGGUCCCCAAACAGACUCCAGUCCCCCAGCAGCAGACCCUGAAGCAGCAGCAGACCCUGAUGCAGCCGGUCCAGGUCCCCCAGCAGACCCUGAAGCAGCCGGUCCAGGUCCCCCAGCAGACCCUGAAGCAGCCGGUCCAGGUCCCCCAGCAGACCCUGAAGCAGCCGGUCCAGGUCUUAAAGACCCCCACCCAGAACAACGCUUCGCAGCAGCUGAAGAGCGUUGCCCAGCAGGUUGCUCUGCAGACCGGAGGCUUGGUCCAGGUGGUCCAGAAGAAGUCGGAGCCUGUCAGGAUCCAGAUCCAGGUUCCCCCCAAACAGGAAGUGAAGUCUGCUGCCUCGCAGAAGAGUGUAGCUGUCAGUCAUCCGCAUGUGAAGCUUUCGGCCAAUGGUAGUGCUCAGAUCAUCCACAUCCAGCCUGUGGUUGGUCAGCAGGGUCAGCAGUUCUUCCUGCAGCAGAGCGCUGGCGACGCCCCCAUCCAGCUGCUGCUGCAGAGCUCCGCCCCCGUCGUGGGAUCUCUGCUCCCAUUGGUCCACAAGCUCACGGGCCAGACGCCAUCAGCAGGCCCCGCCUCCAGCCUGGCUCAGAAACCUGCGGCGUCCCCCGCCAGAGUCCAGACCCCGCACACCGCCGCCGCUAAGGCUGUUAGCAUCCCGCUAACCAAACCUCCCGCUAACGGCACGGCGCCGGCCCCCAGCAAGAGUCCCGUUAAACCUCCUGCAGUCGUCACGUCGACCCCGGCACAGACCGCCAAACCUGCCGUGGCGGCCCGGCCUGCCCCCGUGGCGGUCCCGCCCAGCGUGGCCCCCCCGCCCACAAAGGAGAAGAAGUUGAAGAAGCGAGACAAGAAGGCCCUGAAGGUGCAGACCAGGUCUGGGCGCGUGUCCCGCCCCCCGAAGUACAAAGCCAAAGACUACAAGUUCAUCAAGACGGAGGACCUGGCCGACAGCCACCAGUCCGACUCCGACGACUACUCCGACAUGAGCGUGGAGGACGAGGAGGGCGGCAGGAAGGAGGGCGCCGCCUCAGGCUCCGCCCCCUCGCUGACCUACAGCCACAAGUCGCGCUCGCACCGCUGCCAGACCUGCGACAAGGCCUACAUCGGCGCCGGAGGCCUGAACCGCCACUACAAACUGAACCCGAGUCACGGAGAGCCCGACCCGCCCGGCAACACGCCACGCCCCCUCAGAGACAGCCAAUCACAGGAGACCACCGCAGAAAGGGAGCCCGGUCCGCCUGGCAACACGCCACGCCCCCUCAGAGACAGCCAAUCACAGGAGACCACCGCAGGCGGCGUCAGAGAGGAGGACAAACCUGCUGCCAUGGCAACAAACAGAGUGGACGUGGGUCCAGCUGCUGCUGCAGGACUGCGGGGGCUCCACCAUCGUGGCCCGGGCCGGCCCCGAGGGCGAGGAAGAGGAAGGGGGCGUGGCCGGGGCCGGGGCCGGGUACUGGCUCCGCCUCCUAAAGUGACGGUGGGACUCGUCAGUAGGCGGGGCCGCCGCGGUCGCCCUCGGAAGAUCGCCGUUACCACGGUAACCUUGGAGCAGCAGGCGGAGAGGAGGCGAGACCGACUGCAGGAGCUGGUGGAGCAGUGUGAAGACGAGGAGCUGAUGGACGUUGUCCUUCCUCGUUUGACCAAAGUGUUGAGUCUCUGGGAGCUGCUGCUGGCUAAGGUGGAGGGUGGCGGUCCGGCCCGGACUCGGUUUCCAGACAUCUACCGUGAGUUUGAGUCCCUGCAGGCGCAGGUGAGACAGGCGGCUCAGGAUUACAUCAUCAGCCCACAGGGGGGCGCCACGCCGCUGGAGGUCAGGAACAUCGAGGUGGCCCGGUGUCUGGGGAUCCUGGAUGAGGUGAACAAGAUGAAGGUGGUUCCUGGAGCGUCUCCCAGCUCCAAUCUGACCAAUAAGAACGUCCGAUACAUGGAGAAUUCCAAAAUGCUGCCGCCUUCAAAGAGAUUCAAGAUGGAGAACAGUGUUUCCAUUCACCAGAAUGGGAUCCAGACGGUCAAAACAGGCCGGACCACACUGACCCCCGCUGUGACCUCUGUAACCCCCACCGUGACCCCCGCUGCGACCUCUGUGACCCCCGCUGCGACCUCUGUGACCCCCUCUGUGACCUCUGUGACCCCCGCUGUGACCCCUGUGAAGCCCUGCUCGGUCUCCGUUACUCCUCUGAUGAUUGCUGCCGGAUCCAAACAGCCAAGCACCGCUGUGGCCUCCAGCGUCUUUGGCUCCGCCCCCACCCAGGCUCUGCCCCCUGACACGCCCAUGGAGGUGGAUCCUGUGGCUGCGAGCCAGGACCGGGUCCUUAGCUCCGGAGACAUCUCGGCCCAGAUGAAGGAGCUGGAGAAAGCUCUGGGUUCAAGUCCCGAGGCUCCAGAAAAAUCCAGAAACCCCGCAGACUCACAGACUCCCGAGCCUGACCCUGUCCCAGAGCCCGGCUUCACCCAGACCCCUGAACCCGGCCCCGCCCAGAUUCUGGCCCCCCCUCAGCAGCAGAAGGACUCUGUGUCGCUGCAGGAGGGCCAGGAGAUCUACAUCCAGACGGAGGGGCUGACUGUGCAGAUGGCCGAGCCCGGUCUGGACCGCAUCGUGAUCGUCAACGGGCCAGACGGGACCACCAUGCACAUCCAGACCCCCGAGGGCGUCCCGCUGGAGGCGGUGCAGGCGCUGCUGGGCAUCGAGGCGUCCGACGCAGCCACAAAUCCUCAGUAAACCUGAACACACCACGCUGACAGCCUGCAGCUUCAGGGUGAUGUUAUAAAACCCAGACAGAACCUGAACACACCACGCUGACAGUCUGCAUCAUCAGGGUGGUGUUUAUAAACCCCAGACAGAACCUGAACACACCACACUGACAGCCUGCAGCUUCAGAGUGUGUUUAUAAACCUCAGACAGAACCUGAACACACCAAGCUGACAGCCUGCAGCUUCAGGGUGAUGUUAUAAAACCCGGACAGAACCUGAACACACCACGCUGACAGCCUGCAGCUUCAGGGUGAUGUUAUAAAACCCAGACAGAACCUGAACACACCACGCUGACAGUCUGCAUCAUCAGGGUGGUGUUUAUAAACCCCAGACAGAACCUGAACACACCACACUGACAGCCUGCAGCUUCAAAGUGUGUUUAUAAACCCCAGACAGAACCUGAACACACCACGCUGACUCUGCGAGGACAAACAGGACAAAGUGUUCCUUUAAUCCCUGGCCUGCAUCGCUCCGUCGACUCGAUGUCUCGGCCUUUCUUCUUCAGUCUGAACUUUGUGAACUUUUCCUCCCAGGUCCACUUGUGCUUUUCUCUCGCAGCUCGUUUCUGAUAUUUAAGAAAAGACAAACUGAGAAAUAAACAGGAAACAAACUGCUGACGAACAGCUUCGACAUUAUUCUAACGAGGAUCCGUUUGAGUUCUCGCACUCGCGAGUCUUAUUUAUCGUUCUCUGAUUGGUCCGUUCAGUUUCUCUUCCUGCCGUUUUUUUUAAGGAAUCUGGACUGAUUGUAAAUUUGUAAACUUGUGUUUUUUUCUUCAGUGUUUCCAUAUCUGAAUUUGUUCAUUUCAAAGUAAAAGCUGAUUAGUUGGCUGUUUAUAUGUAGAUAAAUACGAAAAACAAAGUUUAAAAAAAAGUUGCACUAUUUUAUUACUUUUUAUAAAACGUCACAGCGAAAUGUUUUCAGGACUUUUGGACAACGUAAACUGACUGAAAACUUUGGAGGAAAUGAAAGUUUGCUGAUUUGUUGAUGGUUUAAAACAAUUCUUCUUCCUCCAAUAAACUGAUGUGAUGAA